GGCGCAGCGGCUUUGCCACCAGAGCCGGACGACGCAGCGUCAGAGGCGGCAUCGGGCUCCGAGGAGCGCGGCGACGAGAUUGGUUCCGAGCUCGGCGUCAAACAGGAUGAGCUUGAGAGUGCCAAGCGUGAGCUUGAGGAGGAAGAGGCUCCACCGCAGGGCGCGGUAGCCAAGGUUGAGAAUGAGGAGCGCUCGCCCGAGGCGGCAGCGCCGCAGGAGUGCAACUACAGGAUCAGGGCGAAGGGCCAGUCGACUUACCAGUGCGACGCGUGCAACACGAACGGGGUGCGCCUUUCUCGGAGGUUCGGACAGUGGCCGCCAAAGUGUUUCGCCAAAAUGAAGAGUGAGUUCAAGCAGCAGUUCUACAAGGAUCUGGCAGAAGAUCCUGGGCUGUCGAACCUCGAUCGCAUUGAAGCCUUCGUGGUCAGCUCAAUCACUGUCCAACGGAUGGAGGAGGAGCGCGUCCGCAAGGGUGGCAAGUACCUUCCGCUGAGGAAGUGGGCGCACGACGGCUUCGACGCGAAAAAGAUUGAAGAUAAUGUGCAGGAUAAGAGGUGGAACCCUGAUCUCGGGGAGUGGACGUACAGGCCGCAAUUGGAGGCGGCCUGGAGCGAGACAGUGGAGGCCGCAGUGCGCAACGAGCUGUACACCGAUAAGAGGACGCAGGCGAAGCAGAGCGGCCCGCGGGCAGCGGCCUCGACGGGCGUCGCAGAGCACGGCGGCGACAAGGGCGACAGAAGCGACGAGAGCGACAU